CUGUACAAUUGUAGCUGUUUGAGAAGGCAUGCAAAUUUAGCAACAAUGGGGAGAAUGAUUAACCAAUGUAAAGUCCUAAUUGAUGGCGUUCAGAUACACCCCUCUACCCUGAAACACACACACUGGUUCCCUGUUGUGAAUAUUUUCCAAUUUGUGCCACAGGGGCCACAAUAAUUUGCCCCUUCUCUGAUUGUUCAAGUGUGACCCCCUCCCCAAGGGUAACUGCAGCUAGUGUUGCCAGCACUGCCACUACCUGGGUGGGGGCACCCCAGCAUAAUCCCUACUGACAAGGUCAUCAAGGUUCUCAUUAGCAGCUUUGAGAAAUUCCUUGUAUAUUGUGCUCAGCCAUCCGGGGGCUUUGGCUUUAUUGGACCAAUCCUGCCAGGCAGGCUCAGACACUUGAGGGGGCAGUGCUGCUUUAGUGGGUCACUGACCACCUUUAUUUUUCUGUCUUGGCUGGAUAUAGGCUACUUGCAGUACGCCGAUGAAACAGAUAAGGAUUUCUUCUUAGUGUGUGGGUCGCUCAGGUGGGUAUCUAGGGUACAGGGUUGGGGACCGCUUCAUCAUGAUCAGGCAAUAUUUAUAAUCUAUUUUAAAAUGUAUAUCCCAUAUUUGCAAAAAAUUGAAAGCUCUCUCUGUCACAACUCCUGCUUGCAGACACAUAUGGGCUCUGGCAUUUCCAACUUUUCCAAACACAAAAACACACACCCCGCCUUCCACCACAAUACACCCGUACAUACCCACAUACUGUGCCUUCUAUGUCCUCUGUUUGCUGUUUUUAUCCCUACCAUCUUGAAAAAACAAAAACAAUGGACAACCCAAUGCAACACAAUGGACACACAAGGGCCUUGAAAACACAUGCAGAUUGUUUGUGAGAGGUUAAGAUAACAGAAAACAUGAAUAAUGUUCGCACUAUGAGUCAUCCCUGCCUGACUUGAGCAAUGCAUAUAGAAAGAGGAACUUAUGGCUGUUGGGACAAGGGUCCAUGAAGCAGAGUUUAAUGGAAAACAUAGUGUGUGUUUGUGUGCACACGUGCGUGCGUGUGUGCGUGCUUGUCAAUCGGCCAUGUGAUUUAACUUUGUCUUCUAUCCAAGCCUUGUCUGAUGGUUGGAUCUUGUAAAGCCGAGUGCAUUGGGGGAAAAUGAGGAAUCGGGAAUAAGAAGUGAGAAAUCUGGAUGUCCCCUUGCACGCCUGUCAGGGUCGGCUCCAUGUCAUUGUGAAAGAGAUGACGGCCAACGAAACUGCUGGUGACAGUCAGGGAGUAAAACAGGGUCAGGGUCCUCUCUGCAGCCUGUCUAUCCAGGCCAUGCCCUCAAAACCAUCAUUUUCUUGACAGUUGCUCUCUUUUUCGAGAAUGUUUUUUAGGGAUCUGAUAUUCUGAUUAUCCUCCGGCAUAUGCAUACAACCAUUUAUUUAUUAUCUGGGUAGACAGUAGACAAAACAAAUAACUACGACUUACAUUUGGAUAACCCACGCCCGUAGCAGUGUGUGUCCACUCCGUUCUAUUAUAAACAACUCUCUGAUAUACAUCCAAAUCAAUAAGGGCCCUUGGUGUUCAGUUCAUCAUAUGGUAAUCUAAUGGAGUCUAUGGCAUACUACUGGAUUGCACCUGCAGUAUAAGGCCUGGAAGGAGCAAGUGGCUCCACAGAGGGAGUAGAAAUCAGAUCACAGACGACUACAUCGACCACUACCUCUAAUCAAGCUUUGCUUUGUGGCAAGCUGUUUAGUUACCAUCUGGUUUAAGGAAGAAGGAGAAGGAGAAGAAGAAGAAAAUCUUUUGAGUUCCAUCUUAAAUUGGUAAAAUUAAGGAAGUUUUUAGUUCCCUAGUUAAUUCAGUGAGUUAUAGAAAUCUCAGAUUUCUUGCCCUCUGUGGCAAUUUGCUUUAACCGACUCAAUGAGAUUCUCCUGCAUUCACAGAGAGCGUACUACUAUCCAUGCUGCUCCUGGAAGACUUAUGAGAGUGACGGUAAGAGUGAGGCUGGCUGGACUGAGAGAGACAGGAGGCAUUUCUUCCCAUGAGCAUCCUUUGAUACAGAUUGUAAUGUUAUGAAAUAUGUUUUUCUGCUGGUUUCAGCUCAGAGAUAUAUCUGUAUAACCAGGGUUGGUAUUCUUGAUACUUUUUAUUGAAUGAAGGAAAGAAUUGAUGUAAUGACAGAGGCAAUUUGGCCUUUGUAGAUCCCUGGGUUAGUUGUUUGCAUUAUAUCCUUAUCCAUUAUUUGAUUUGAUAGUCUUGCAUAAUAAGUUGUUGAAAAAUAAAUGCUAAUUUACUCUUGUUGAUCAUUAAUAGUAUAUUGUAUCUUUGACUGAGAGUCAAUGGGUUACAUCAAGAGUAAAAAUGUACCUUUAAAAGUUAUCUUUAGCUAACAUCUAGGCAGUAGACCUAUGUUCAUCACUGGCAGCUAAUACUUUGUGUCCACAUUUGUCUUCAUUUGUUUCUUCUAAAUGUAAUUACUUGGUUUAGAAUAUGUUGUUAUCACAUCAAAAUUAAUAACAGUACUUUUUAAAUAAUAACUAGAAUGAAGAAUGUUUGGUAACACUGUUUGGAUAGUCCAUCUGUAGAUGCUCUACAGCCAGCAUCAGUAACAUUUCAACUAACUAUCUACUAACCUUAGCUCUAAGCCUAACCAUUAUCCUAACCAUUAUUCUGAACCUAACCCUAAUCAUGACCUUAGUAAGAAGUUGCUUAUCAACAUAAUGAGUUGGAAAAUCCGGACUAUCCAAAUAAAGUGUGAGCGAAUGUUUUACUGGGCUAUAACAUGUUUCCAACUAUUCAAGCUAAAUUACUCUAGUUGUUCAAGAGAGUUUGUCAGAGGAUGAUUACGUAAAUUAUGUCAAAACCAGCACAGUGUGGACAUUGAUCUGGAGAAAUGUUGGUCAAACAGAAUAGAUAGACGGAGUGCAACAUUUCCUGUUGCGACGGUCUCUGUAUCCUGUUUUCCACAGUCAGUGGUCAUGCAUGUCAUCCCCUUGUGAGAGGGUCUGUGGGUAUGUUCCCGUGACCCGAAAGUGUGAGGCCACAGAGGUCUGGUAGAGGCUCUCUGUCUGUCCGAAUUAAACGGACAGAUUAUGACAUAUAAGUAAUCAAAGGUAUCAGUUAAAGCCAGAUAUAGUCCUGACUAGAAAUGUAGGCCUACAUUGUGACUAUUUUGCAAACCUUAAGAAUACUUUUGCCACUAUUAUACAGUUGAAGUCGGAAGAUUACAUACACCUUAGCCAAAUACAUUUAAACUCAGUUUUUCAUAAUUCCUGACAUUUAAUCCUAGUAAAAAAUCCCUGUUUUAGGUCAGUUAGGAUCAAAUCAAAAUCAAAUCAAAUCAAAGUGUAUUUGUCACGCGCGCCGAAUACAACAGGUGUAGACCUUACAGUGAAAUGCUUACUUACAGGCUCUAACCAAUAGUGCAAAAAAGGUUUUAGGUGAACAAUAGGUAGGUAAAGAAAUAAAACAACAGUAAAAAGACAGGCUAUAUUCAGUAGCGAGGCUAUAAAAGUAGUGAGGCUACAUACAGACACCGGUUAGUUAGGCUGAUUGAGGUAGUAUGUACAUGUAGAUAUGGUUAAAGUGACUAUGCAUAUAUGAUGAACAGAGAGUAGCAGUAGCGUAAAAGAGGGGUUGGCGGGUGGUGAGUGGGACACAAUGCAGAUAGCCCGGUUAACCAAUGUGCAGGAGCACUGGUUGGUCAGCCCAAUUUAGGUAGUAUGUACAUGAAUGUAUAGUUAAAGUGACUAUGCAAAUAUGAUAAACAAAGAGUAGCAGCAGCGUAAAAAGAGGGGUUGGGGGGGGCACACAAUGCAAAUAGUCCGGGUAGCCAUUUGAUUACCUGUUCAGGAGUCUUAUGGCUUGGGGGUAAAAACUGUUGAGAAGCCUUUUUAUCCUAGACUUGGCAGUAGUAAAGAGAACAGUCUAUGACUGGGGUGGCUGGGGUAUUUUACAAUUUUUAGGGCCUUCCUCUGACACCGCCUGGUGUAGAGGUCCUGGACGGCAGGCAGCUUAGCCCCAGUGAUGUACUGGGCCGUACGCACUACCCUCUGUAGUGCCUUGCGGUCAGAGGCCGAGCAAUUGCCGUACCAGGCAGUGAUGCAACCAGUCAGGAUGCUCUCGAUGUUGCAGCUGGAGAACCUUUUGAGGAUCUCAGGACCCAUGCCAAAUCUUUUUAGUUUCCUGAGGGGGAAUAGGCUUGUCGUGCCCUCUUCACGACUGUCUUGGUGUGUUUGGAUCAUUCUAGUUUGUUGUUGAUGUGGACACCAAGGAACUUGAAGCUCUCAACCUGCUCCACUACAGCCCCAUCGAUGAGAAUGGGGGCGUGCUCGGUCCUCCUUUUCCUGUAGUCCACAAUCAUCUCCUUAGUUUUGGUUACGUUGAGGGAUAGGUUGUUAUGCUGGCACCACCCGGCCACGUCUCUGACCUCAACCCUAUAGGCUGUCUCGUCGUUGUCGGUGAUCAGGCCUACCACUGUUGUGUCAUCUGCAAACUUAAUGAUGGUGUUGGAGUGCCUGGCCAUGCAGUCAUGGGUGAACAGCGAGUACAGCAGGGGACUGAGCACGCACCCCUGGGGAGCUCCAGUGUUGAGGAUCAGCGUGGCAGAUGUGUUGCUACCUACCCUCACCACCUGGAGGCGGCCCGUCAGGAAGUCCAGGAUCCAAUUGCAGAGGAAGGUGUUUAGUUCCAGGAUCCUUAGCUUAGUGAUGAGCUUUGAGGGUACUACGGUGUUGAACGCUGAGCUGUAGUCAAUAAAUAGCAUUCUCACAUAAGUUUUACUUUUGUCUAGGGGGGAAAGGGCAGAGUGGAGUGAAAUAGAGAUUGCAUAAUCUGUGGAUCUGUUUGGGCGGUAUGCAAAUUGGAGUGGGUCUAGGGUUUCUAGGAUAAUGGUGUUGAUGUGGGCCAUUACCAACAUUUCAAAGCACUUCAUGGCUAAGGACGUGAGUGCUACGGGUCUGUAGUCAUUUAGGCAGGUUGCCUUUGUGUUCUUGGGCACAGGGACUAUGGUGGUCUGCUUGACACAGGUUGGUAUUAUAGACUCAAUCAGGGACAUGUUGAAAAUGUCAGUGAAUCACCACUUUAUUUUAAGAAUGUGAAAUGUCAGAAUAAUAGUAGAGAGAAUGAUUUAUUUCAGCUUUUAUUUCUUGCAUCACAUUCCCAGCGGGUCAGAGGUUUACAUACACUCAAUUAGUAUCUGGUAGCAUUGCCUUUAAAUUGUUUAACUUGGGUCAAACAUUUUGGGUAGCCUUCCACAAGCUUCCCACAAUAAGUUGGGUGAAUUUUGGCCCAUUCCUCCUGACAGAGAUGAUGUAACUGAGUCCGGUUUGUAGGCUUCCUUGCUCGCACAUGCUUUUUCAGUUCUGCCCACAAAUUUUCUAUAGGAUUGAGGUCAGGGUUUUGUGAUGGCCACUCCAAUACCUUGACUUUGUUGUCCCUAAGCCAUUUUCCCACAACUUUGGAAGUAUGCUUGGGGUCAUUGUCCAUUUGGAAGACCCAUUUGCGACCAAGCUUUAACUUCCUGACUAAUGGCUUGAGAUGUUGCUUCAAUAUAUCCACAUAAUCUUCCUGCCUCAUGAUUCCAUCUAUUUUGUGAAGUGCACAAGUCCCUCCUGCAGCAAAGCACCCCCACAACAUGAUGCUGCCACGCCCGUGCUUCACGGUUGGGAUGGUGUUCUUCAGCUUGCAAGCUUCCCCCUUUUCCUCCAAACAUAACAAUGGUCAUUAUGGCCAAACAGUUCUAUUUUUGUUUCAUCAGACCAGAGGAUAUUUCUCCAAGAAGUACGAGCUUUGUCCCCAUGUGCAGUUGCAAACCGUAGUCCGGCUUUUUUAUGGCGGUUUUGGAGCAGUGGCUUCUUCCUUGCUGAGCGGCCUUUCAGGUUAUGUCGAUAUAGGACUCGUUUUACUGUGGAUGUAGAUACUUUUGUACAUGUUUUCUCCAGCAUCUUCACAAGGUCUUUUGCUGUUCUGGGAUUGAUUUGCACUUUCAUCUCUUGGAGACAGAACGUAUCUUCUUGCAAAAGACUCUAGGCUUUUGGGGGCCCUAAGCGGUAUGACGGCUGCGUGGUUCCAUGUUGUUUAUACUUGGGUACUAUUGUUUGUACAGAUGAACGUGGUACCUUCAGGCGUUUGGAAAUUGCUCCCAAGGAUGAACCAGACUUGCGGAGGUCUACAAUUUUUUUUCUGAGGUCUUGGCUGAUUUCUUUUGAUUUUCCUAUGAUGUCAAGCAAAGAGACAAUAAGUUUGAAGGUAGGCCUUGAAAUACAUUUUCUGGAAUUUUCCAAGCUGUUUAAAGGCACAGUCAACUUAGUGUAUGUAAACUUCUGACCCACUGAAAUUGUGAUACAGUGAAUUAUAAGUGAAAUAAUCUGUCUGUAAACAAUUGUUGGAAAAAUGACUUGUGUCAUGCACAAAGUAGAUGUCCUAACCAACUUGCCAAAACUAUAGUUUGUUAACCAGAAAUAUGUGGAGUGGUUGAAAACGAAUUUUAAUGACCCCAACCUAAGUGUAUGUAAACUUCCGACUUCAACUGUAGCCUGUAAAAAAUUAAAAAAUAACUCAAAUUAGUUUAGACCAGGGAUGGGCAACUUUGAUGGGGAUGGGGGCCACAAAAAAUCUGAACUCGGUCUGCGUACCCACAUCCAUACCCACACAUGCAGUCAGUUGCAAAAGACUCUGCUUUUGGGGGCCCUAAGCAAAAACAUUUUGGGUGGGGGGGUGCCACCUUGCAAGCAAAACAUUUUGCAGCAGAGAGAAAAAAAUGUAAGCUGCAAUAUGUAACUUUUCAUGCAAUUUUACUAAUUUUGCCAUGGGUGGAGAUAAAUGUUUGCAGUUUUUAACAUGAUAUUUGAGUAAGAGUGACAAACAAAAUCAAUCGGUGCUCCCCAGAUUUUAAUUGGACCAUGAUUACUAGAAGUUUAGAUACAGUAGCUAGACUAACUUAACAAUCCCAAAAAUAUUUAGCUGACAGGGGCUAAUUGACUGACUGUCAGUGACUGACAUAACAAUAGAAAAACUGCUGAUGCAAAAUCAAAUUUUCGAAAUUGCACCUUGUGUAUUCUACUAUUCUAACUCAAAACAGUAAGUUGAGACCCUGACUGAUCCUCGCUCCAGUGUAUUUUCUGUAUUGCUAAAUGAGUACUAAUGUCACACUGUGGCCCUGAGAACUCAGGGUAUUAAAGACAUAGCGGGCUGUGAAGUAAGAGGUGUCAAUGUGACUGCUUGCUUAUAAGGAUGCUUUAGCCAUCAGAGAUAUGCAUCUUGUGAACAUAACUGCAUUCAGACAUCUCAGGUUGUCGAGUACUUAGCCUAAAACCAACGCGUCCAUGGGUGCAAGUGAUAUAGUAAACACAACAGCAUCCGUGUGCCUGUAGCAAAAUUACACACUGAACUUCUGGGCUGGUUUCCCAGACCUAGUCUUGUAUUAAAAAGCAUGUUUUAUGAAGUAAUGCCAUUAAUUAAGUAUUUAUAUUCCAGUAAAAUACUUUAUCUGGGUCCAGGCUCUUUGUCCACAAGUCGUUGGUGGAAACCAAACACAGUAGACAUUUUAUUUACUGUGUUUUACCAAAGAAAGAAGCUGGUCUGAUCUCUCAGGGACUGAUAAUACACGAUACUUAUUUUGUUUCCUUACUGUAUGAAAAGGCCCAAUGUGAUCAGACAAGACAAUCACUGAAAUACUUCUAUAGAUUUAUAUUUUAAGUUUUGUGGCCUAGAUCAUACUGAAGUUUAGACACACAAAUGGAGUCAUUCACAGCAACCCCCCUCCCCAUAAGGAACUGAAUCUAAAAGAGAAUUUCCCAGUUCCUCUUUUACAUAGUGUGUGUGUGUGUGUGUGUGUGUGUGUGUGUGUGUGUGUGUGUGUGUGUGUGUGUGUGUGUGUGUGUGUGUGUGUGUGUGUGUGUGUGUGUGUGUGUGUGUGUGUGUGUGUGUGUGUGUGUGUGUGUGUGUGUGUGUGUAUGAUGAUGAUAAUGAUGAUGAUGGUCAAGACUGACUAACAGAAAUGUAAAACCAAAUUAUAGGCCUGAUUCUGUUUGAAUGUUAUCUGCCUAUUUCCUGUAACUUUUUACAUUGUGAGAAACACACAUUUUAUGUAUUGAGCCAUUCAUUCAAACACAAAAUUGAAAGUGUGUUCUUGUCUUUCCCAAAAUGGGAUAAGCACAAUGAUGCCUGUUUAGGUUUCAUCUUGUUCUUAGCUGUCGAAGGUCUAGUAAUCUGAAGCCUUAUGUAGUAGACAUGUAUGUGGAUGUACUUUGUAAAGCAAGGUACAGGGGAACAGAAAUUACAGUAUAUCAUACUCGUCAAACUAACUAUAGUGCUGUCCAUGAGGCUGAGGGACCGACCUCUUACUGAGAUGUCCACCGAUCUCCACCUAAUAGUUUUAAACAGAUCUGGGAAACCUGAAUGAUUCCUGACAAAGCAGCAUAUUUUUGUGUUAGAGAAAAAAAUAUAUAUUCAAAAAAAGAGUCGUUGUGUGCACUGAAAAUAGCCGUGGUGAAAAUAGCGUGCUGGGCUUGCUGUAACGCACAUAGUGUAUUAAUACUAAAUGUCAUCAGUUUAGCUCAGACAGCUGUGAUUAACAUGGGGGCCAUGGACAGGCUGUGUGGUUUCAGCAGACCUACAAGUGGUAGAAGGAUGCAGGGGACUCAAAUUAUAACCCCAGACCAUGCAAGCAAGGCAAACUGAAAAGCCACGUAUGUACAGGCCUACCAAAUUAAGAUUGUUAUACCGCAACCAAGUCAAACUGAUUGUUUGCCUUUGUUAAUGUUGAUUAUUAAACAAAGAACGCACUGUAUUUGGUGCUACGUUGCACAUCAAAACAUCAGAUAAGGUUAUAACAAUUCAUAGAAAAUUCAACAUAGUCUUUGAUAGAGAUGAAGGAGAGGAAAAACAAUAGAAUACAUGGACAUCCAUAAUAAAGCAAAUUUGACUACAGGGUUUUUGGUUGUGUGUUAUAUUAAGCUUUGAACAACCAAGGGAAUAUAAUAAUCAUUCCGAAAUUAUCUUCAGUGCGAUUUGGAUCUUACUGUCUACAGUAUUUCAAGUGUCUGGUCAUUAUCAGACUGAUGCACUCUUCCGCUGUCCAAACCUACACAAGCCUGUCAGUGGAGGCUUGGCUUGUGUCCUCACUUUUCUUCAAGUUAAAACAGAGAUGUUAUGUCAGGGAGACAUACCUGAGACAGAUAGGGCUGGUUUCCCAGACACUGCCUAGUCUUGGAUAAAAAAGCAUUCUCAUACUGUGUCCUGUAAACCAGACCAUAGGGUCAGGAGAGAGGGUCAUCUGAGUCUAGUAGCAGAGCUACUGUACACUGUACUCAUUGUGAAGAAGAAUAUUUUGGUGAGAAAAACACAUUUGGUCAGAAAAUAUUAUAUUUGCGAUUUCUCAAGAAUCCCCCCACCAACACUACUAUUGUCACAGGAGGUGUUUUAUCUCCUUUCCCUUUAUCUCCACAGCUGUUGCAGGAUUUCAAAAAGGAAGUGGCAUGAUUUUAUCUGUCCAGCUAAUCUACACCCAGAUAAAACAGUUGUUUGGAUAGAAAUAUAGCAGAAUUCAUCGAUGUAUGUGAGUCAUUAUUUCAUUGAUAUGGUUAGAACUCAAGCUACUGGUUUAUUUUUUAAUUGACAUAUUUAGACCAGUUUAUUUGAAGGGAUAGCAUAGUAUAGGGAAUAACAGGGGUCCAAGUGCCGAACGUUGCUGAACACCAAAUCCAAUGUACACAAUGAUACUGGUCUGAGAAGUAGGAAUUAAACCAGUUUAAAAUGUGAAAUGACAAUGUUUAGGUAUCUGGCAUUGAAACAUGCUAAACAUGUUUAAUAUUAUAUUUGUAAUAUUCAUCUAGAUUUCCAUAGUGUAUGCAAGGUAUAUGAAUAUGGAUACCUGCACUUUAGCCACACAAAAAAACACAUUUAAUUUGGUUGGCAAAAUUUGGUCACAAUGAGAUGCAAAGAUACUAUCCACUGACAGAUGAUGCUAUGCUAGAAGGCUGACAGUUAAGACAGGCCUUGAAAUGAUUGGCUGGUUUGGGAGGCGACACAAUUGAGCCUUAAUAAAUGUGAGAUGUUAGAAUCUCCCCCUGACAAAUCACCAAUGACCAGGAACCGCCACCAGACACACUGAGAUGUGUACACCCACAAAGAUAUACAGAAGUCAAAAUAUCAGGUUCCCUUUUAAUUUUCAGUCAUUGAGUAGGGCUAUUUUAUUUAAUUUUAUUAGACAGAAUUUGAAUCUCAGAGAGUAGCUUGGCUUACAAGUGGAUAAAGUUGUGUAGGCAGAGGGAGACAUUUUGGGUUUCGUUUGGUGAGAGGAAAUUUGGUAAACGUUGUGCAAUGGUGCGGGAAAAGUUUUGAAAGAGUGUGAGAAACAAUUGCAAGCUAAGUGCCUGAAGUAGGUCGGUUCAAGAAGAAGCCUUCAUGUUGCAUCCGUACAGAAUGGAGGGGUACCUCAUCUCACCUGGUCCUCCAUCAGAAGACAUGUACGAACCCGACAUCUAUAGACAACAGAUGUCAGAAUAUUCAUAUCCGUAUGUCAUCGAUGCAGAGAGUCAAGGAGAUCACUGGGACUAUCACACCACUCAUCAUGCUCAUCCUCUGGACUUUGACAACCUGCCAGAGGGCCACUUCACUGAGCUCCAGAGUGUCCAGCAACUACAUCUACCCAGUAUGGCUCGUUACAGCGAUGUUGACACUCUCUCUCUGGACCCUGGCCUUGGGGGACACAACCAUGCCCUACCCCCACCGGUGCCAUAUUACCCUCGAGCCAUGGGCUACUUGCACCCCUCUCCUCAGACGAUGAGGAGCUCAGACGACGAGGAGCCAGGAGGCCGCAGCCCUCCACUAGAAGUGUCUGAUGAGGAGUGUCUGAGGGACCACAUCGCCCACGUAACAAGGGGAGAAUUGGGCAACAAGAAGAAGAUCCGUCUGUACCAGUUCCUGCUGGAUCUGCUGAGGAAUGGGGACAUGAAGGACAGUAUCUGGUGGGUGGACAGGGACAAGGGCACCUUCCAGUUCUCCUCGAAACACAAGGAGGCACUGGCACAUCGGUGGGGCGUACAGAAGGGCAACCGCAAGAAAAUGACCUACCAGAAGAUGGCACGGGCUCUUCGCAACUAUGGCAAGACAGGCGAGGUCAAAAAGGUCAAGAAGAAGCUGACUUAUCAGUUCAGUGGUGAAGUGCUAGGGGGGAGGUCUCACUUGGAGAGGAGGCCAUAUUCCCAUUUGUAGAGGGAGAAACAUAGUGGAAGUCCUGAAGAACGGUAGAGUGAGAGAGAGAGAUAGUUUACUGUAUAUAGUAUGCAAGAUGGUUAUCAAUGUAAUAACUAUUGUUUGUGUUUAAAUCAACAAUAACUGUUUUUGCUGCUCUUGUAAAAAGCAUUUAUGUGAACGUCAAAGCCAGUGUCUUAAUGGAAUCUUACAAUUAGCAAAUUUUGACUCAAUGAUUGCACACACACAUCUGGACCUUUUACAUUCCAUAGUACUUAAAAACAGGGCCGUUUUAAAUGAUACUGUCAAUCAUUAUCACCAGAAUGCUUACAAGAGUGGUAAUACAGAUGACCACUCGAAGUCCUCAGAGAUCUCCUUUCUUAAAGCUGUCUGUGUUCACCGACUUCUACACACUGUUGGACUCACUGACCAUUGUGCACAUUUGACAUCAAUUAGACUUGGAUGCAAUGUAAACAAACAAAAAGACUGAUAAAGAACUCUUUAGCAUUAAUGACAUUGAUUUGAUACUCUGAGAUGCACUGACUUUGGAAGAGCAAUUCGUGUUGUCUAACUUUUGCUGUAGCAGCACACAAACACAACAUAUUAUACAUAAGCUUUUGCUAAUCAGAAUUGAGUAUUCAGCCAAGCCGUGGUAUAAAGCUUGUAUAUUCCUAUGAUGGUACUACAUGUGUAUUACAUACUAACUCAUGUUAGCUCAAGACUUUGGGAAGUAAACCCUUCUGAACAUUGGGAGACUUAACCUGCAACCUUUCCGGACUAUCCCCUUGACCAUUACUUCCCUGUCACAUCCCAUUGACUUGUUCCUGAAAUGGGGGAGGGUGAAGAGGCUUAUCACCCAGCCCUUAUUAUCUGCUUGUGUUCGGAGAUGAAGCACAGACCUUUGCCUCCUCCGAGCUAGGGUGCAAUCUAUUCCUAGCCUAGGAAUACCAACACAGGGAUAUUUCUCCCAUGCUCUCAAUCAUAGACCCCUGUUUAAACUGUAUGAAAGUGUAUAUGACCAGUUAUUUUCCCGUACUCUAUGUGCUCUCUGUAUAAUGCAUGUUGGCAUGUUUGUAUGUUGGCAUGACUCAGUUACAUAUCUGCUCGUGACGAACUCGAAAGCAUUUCUAUUUCUCACACGUCAUGUGGUUUUAGUCGACUCAUCCUCACAUUGUUCCAGCACAUCACAGACUGGCUUUAGCAAAUCCUCUGGGAAUCACAGCCAUGUACGCAGAACCCCAGUGGCCGAGCCAGAUAAUAUAUAGACAUGUGGGCAGCCAUGGAGACUUUACUGGGCCCACUGGCAGCAGACAAGGCCACCCCAUCCCCCACCAUCCACCCACCCCUAGCCCAGUUAUGUGGCAGCUGAAGCCUCUAGGUGUAAAUAAUUCUGGGUGCUGACACAGCUCUAUGAUGGGAGCACAGGGCACAGUCUGCAGUGAAAAGUGACGCAAAGUGAGGUAUCCAGGGAGAACACCAUCAAGAGACAGAUAAUAGUUUUAAGUGUAUUUUCCCUACAGCACCUCUGGGAUAAAUCAAUUAAUAAAUACAACUGAAAAGGAGACAUAAAGGACAGGGAUAUAGUUAGAAUAAUUCAAUUGAAUAAUGCAAAAUCAUAGAAACAGUGAGGAUUGAUUUAAGUGAACCCUCCUGCAUUUAUUACUGACUAUGCAAUAAAACAAGGUUGAAAAUAAAAACAUAUACAGUACCAGUCAAAAGUUUGGACAUACAUACUCAUUCAAGGGUUUUUCUUUAUUUCUGCUACUUUCUACAUUGUAGAAACUAUGAAAUCAUGUAGUAACCCCCCAAAAAGUUAUAUUGUACAUCACAAUAUAUUUUAGAUUCUUCAAAGUAGCCACCCUUUUCCUAAAUGACAGCUUUCAACACUCUUGGCAUUCUCUCAACCAGCUUCCCCUGGAAUGCUUUUCCAAUAGUCUUGAAGGAGUUCUCACAUAUGCUGAGCACUUGUUGGCUGCUUUUCCUUCACUCUGCGUUCCAACUCAUCCCAAACCAUCUCAAUUGGAUUGAGGUCGGGUGAUUUUGGAGGCCAGGUCAUCUGAUGCAGCACUCCAUCCCUCUCCUUCUUGAUCAAAUAGCCCUUACACAGCCUGGUGUGUUUUGGGUCAUUGUUCUGUUACAAAUAAAUGAUAGUCCCACUAAGCACAAACAAGAUGGGAUGGUGUAUCGCUGCAGAAUUCUGUGGUAGCCAUGUUGGUUAAGUGUGCCUUGAAUUCUAAAUAAAUCACUGACAGUGUCACCAGCAAAGCACUCCAACACCAUCACACCUCCUCCUCCAUGCUUCACUGUGGGAACCACGUAGAUCCUCCGUUCACCUACUAUGCGUCUCACAAAGACACAGUGGUUGGAACCAAAAAUCUCAAAGGACAGAUUUCCACCAGUCUAAUGUUUAUUGCUCGUGUUUCUUGGCCCAAGCAAGUCUCUUCUUCUUAUUGGUGUCCUUAAGUAGUGGUUUCUUUGCAGCAAUUCGACCAUGAAGGCCUGAUUCAUGCAUUCUUUGCUGAACAGUUGAUGUUUAGAUGUGUCUGUUACUUGAACUCUGUGAAGCAUUCAGUUGGGCUGCAAUCUGAGGUGCGGUUAACUCUAAUUAACUUAUCCUCUGCAGCAGACGUAACUCUGGGUCUUCCUUUCCUGUGGUCGUCCUCAUGAGAGCCAGUUUCAUCAUAGCGCUUGAUGGUUUUUACGACUGCACUUGAAUAAACUUUCAAAGUUCUUGAAAUGUUCCGAAUUGACUGACCUUCAUGUCUUAAAGUAAUGAUGGACAGUCGUUUCUCUUUACACAUUUGAGCUGUUCUUGCCAUAAUAUGGACUUGGUCUUUUACCAAAUAGGGCUAUCUUCCGUAUACCACCCCUACCUUGUCACAACACAACUGAUUGACUCAAUUAAGAAGAAAAGAAAGUCCACUAUUUAACUUUUAACAAGGCACACCUGUUAAUUGAAGUACAUUCCAGGUGACUACCUCAUGAAGCUGGUUGAGAGAAUGCCAAGAGUGUGCAAAGCUGUCAUAUUUUUGUACUUUUUUGGUUACUACAUGAUUCCAUAUGUGUUAUUUAAUCGUUUUGAUGUCUUCACUAUUAUUCUACAAUGUUGAAAAUAGUACAAAUAAAGAAAAAUCCUGGAAUGAUUAGGUGUGUCCAAACUUUUGACUUUUACUGUAUUCUUUUUAGGAAGUAUAAGGUAGUUGGGACACUUGAGAAAACUGGGCAGACACAAGGCCAAGGUAAAACACAAAAAGAAAAGUCCUAAAAUGAUCAAGAUGAAGUGUUAAGGAUCAGGAUCAGACAUGCCUUAUUAUCCCAAAAUACUCCACUAAGGUGUGGUUGCUCAACCGCCUCCACAGUUAACACUCCAUAAUACUUUACUCCAGUCAGUCUGUUAGUCUGUCAUGUCCUUGCUAUGCCACCAAGCCGAGGCUUCGAACGGUAGGCCCCUACUAAUAAGAUGCAAAGCUCCAGUGUGUCAGGCAACAAUAUAUGAUUCAACCAGAACAGGAUUUAUUUAGACAGGGUAAAGGUCCCACUUAUAUGUGUAUUACUUACUUGGGAAAUUAGGUUCUGAUGUAAAAUUCCCUGCCAUUUGGAAGGCUUGAUUUACAUGAAAAGUAUUGUUACAUGACAAACAUAAGGAAAGGUAUUUUGCUAUUUACAGUGCUGCCUGUUCAGAAAAUAAAUGUUAAAUUAACCAGA